CGUUCAAAUAUUAUUCCAUUUCAACACUCGCAAUCUGAUAAUACUGUUUGGCACCUCAGUGUCAGAGGUUGUUGUACAAAUACAUUAUAUCUUCAGUUCGACUGAAGGUUUAAAUUUUUCCAUCGACAUCUCUCGCGAUCAUCCUCGUAACAUAAAUCAAGCUGCGCGAGCGACAAUCGCAGUCAACCCCUAGAUUUCCCGGCGUAGGUGUUGCCUGGGUGAGAUCAAGUCGAAACAUGGAGGACACGUGACCGCGUGAUAAAGUGACGGACACGAGGGACAGUGCGAGAGGUAAAAGAUCGAGUAGAUUCCGCGAGUGAGCGCGGGGGCGAGUCCAGACCGAACGAAAAAAGCGAUGCCAAGAGUCGCGAGGACGAUCAAGUCACAUCGGUACCGUGCGACCCGCGAUUGAGGUCACUGAAUUCGCUCGAAGCCACUGGUGUUAGGCGCUUGCCAGUUGCCGGCAGUCGCGACGAUUAGGUCGAGGCGAAGAUGAAGAACAACUCGAGCAACACGAAUCACGAGAAGAACGGGCCGGAGAACCUGAAGCUGUUACAGGUGCCGACGACACCGCCCGCGACACCGUCAUCACCCACGACGCCAACCAGAGGCCUCGAUGAUGUCUUCAAGGAGCUGCCGAUCACCGACGACACCUCGUGCGGCAUAUGGUGCCUCAAGGGUCCAACUCUGCAGAAGUUCGCCAACAAGAAGGCAUACGUGUUUCUCUACGGUGUGCUUGGCUGCAUAUUUUCCGCAAGUUAUGCCUAUUUCAAUGGCACUAUCACUACCAUCGAGAAGAGAUUUAAAAUACCCUCAAAAACGACGGGUCUCAUCACAGUGGGUAACGACAUCUCGCAGCUUUUCGUAUCCGUCGCCCUGUCGUAUUACGCAGGAAGGGGUCACAGGCCUCGAUGGAUCGCUUUCGGUAUUUACACCGUUGUACUUUUCUGUUGUCUUACGAUGCUGCCACAUUUUCUCUACGGACCCGGCGAGGAUGCUCUGUCCCUGACCAAGGAAUAUGGAGCGCAAAGUACACAAAACACCAGCACGAUUCUUGACAAACGUUCACGAAAAUUUCUGUGUAUGGGCAAAGAAAAUCGCGGAAUGGAUUGCGAAGUUGAAGAUGGAAACUUUGCGCCACAGGUGCUGCUUUUCAUAGCUCAACUAGUAUCUGGAGUGGGUGGUUCUCUUUAUUAUACCCUCGGUGUGUCGUACAUGGAUGACAACAUACAAAAGUCGAAAACGCCGGCGCUCAUCAGUUUCUCGUACUUUCUGCGAAUGCUGGGACCCGCCAUUGGCUACGGACUGGCCUCAUUCUCCUUGAAGUUCUACAUCAGUCCGACUUUAACUCCCACUAUUACGAUGCAAGACCCGAGGUGGUUAGGCGCUUGGUGGUUAGGAUGGAUUAUUUUGGCCAUUCUCCUCGCCAUUUUCGCAAGCAUAAUCGCUCUCUUUCCAAAAACGCUGCCGAGAGCUGCCGCUCGCAAAGUCCUAGCUCUGGAACGCAACAAAUCGGCUGCGAGUAUCAAGGAGCAAGAAUCGGAGCUGCCGGCGUCAAUCUCGGACAUGCUGAGAACGUUUAAGCGUCUGCUAACAAACACGACUCUAAUGUGCAAUAAUCUGGCGACCGUCUUCUAUUUCAUGGGCUACAUGCCCUACUGGAUCUUUAUGCCAAAGUACAUUGAGACCCAGUACAAGCAAUCAGCGUCCGUUUCGUCAUUGAUCACCGGCACGGUCGGAUUGGUAUUCAGUGCUUUUGGGAUUCUACUGUCCGGUCUGAUCAUCUCCAAGUACAAGCCAAAGGCUAGAUACCUGGCGGCAUGGAAUGUCAUGAUUGGCAUUAUAUCAAUUCUGGGAAUGAUCUCUUACGCCUUUCUCGGUUGCUCAGCAAACGACAACCAGAUUGCUAUUCAGCCGAACGGUGUAUUGAAAACACAGCUACCCUGCAACGAACAGUGUCACUGCGACUACGUCGAAUAUAAUCCUGUAUGCUCCGAUAACGGACAAACGUUUAUAUCCGCAUGUCAUGCUGGCUGCCGCAGUAUAAAGCUUCACAGUAAUGGCAGCAAAGUAUAUACGGACUGCAGUUGCGUAAAACCAAAAUUGGCUCGUUCCUUGACGCAUCCGUUUUCCAACAUCACAUCCUUUCCAUUCUUUACCGAAGUUCCGUUGGAAACGACCGAACCCACCGUGGAAACUUUGGGAACGGCUAUCCCGGGUUCGUGUCCAGUCGACUGUAUGCAGAAGUUCUACAUCUUUCUGACGGUGGUGUGUUUUUUGAAGUUUAGCGGCGCAACUGGAAGAGCGUCGAAUUUCCUAGUUUCUGUAAGAUGUGUCGACGAGAAGGACAAGACGGUUGCCAUGGGCUUCGGAUUAAUGAUAAUGAGUCUUUUUGCCUUUAUACCAUCGCCUAUUCUGUUUGGAUUUAUAUUAGACAAUACUUGUCUCGUAUGGGGUAAGACUUGUUCAGGGACGGGAAAUUGCUGGCUCUACAAUGGUGAGGCAUUGAGGUAUUUGCUGAAUUUCACCGCGGCCAGUUUCGUAACGAUCGGUACGCUAUUCGACAUGGGAGUUUGGUAUUUCGUCAAAGAUGUAAAAAUCUUUGAUGAGGAAAUCGAACUAGAAGAUAUAGCCGAGGAGCCUGGUGAGACGCAUUAAAGAAUAAUUGAUGAUCGAGUUCAAUCACCCUUUCGGGGUAAACGUUUACGCGCGUGAAGAGAGACUUCGACCGAAGAUCUUCAAGAAGGAGCGAAUGACGAACGCGAAGCGAGCGAGAACCGACAAAUAAAGACUUUACAAGUACCUUAAGCAUCUCCUUAGCUAUUUAAAGCUCGUAGUAACCUAGAUAGAACCGACUGUUGGUAGAUCACCCAUGGUAUUCGCAAAAGCAGAGCGAUCAUCGAUCUUUUAUUAUUUUUAAUUUACUGCGAUUAAUGAUUUUUAUUGUUAUUACGGGUGAAUUUAUAAUUCGCUGUACGUAUGGUAUAAAUAUACUUGUUUUAUUUUGGACUCAUAUUUA